CACACACACAGAGGAGGAGAGCAGAGUCAGUGCCGCCGCCGACACGAGCUCACAGACACACAGACCCCGUGGUUAUUCCCACACCACCUCGCAGCUGAACCUGCGCCUGCACACACGCGGGACUCGGACUCGCGGCUCUACUUACCCCUUCACACCUUUUUUGUGUGUUUUUUUUUUCUUUUUUUCUGGACUUUAGGGUUUUGGUUUGGACCGGCAGCAGACCCGUUUGGUGGACGGAAGAAGCGGGGGGAGUUUAUCCCAGUCUAUCCCCCGAAGUGGACCGAGGAGGAGUUGUGUGCGUGUAUGUGUUCCACGCGUCGCGUGUCAUGGGAAAAAGUGGACAGAGAAGUGGAAUAGGACACGAGGGCAGCGGCUCGGCGAGGAUGUGCACCACGCACGGGAUCCUGCUCCUCCUGGUGCUCGUACACCAAGGAGUCUCCCAAGCGAGAGACGACGAUGACUUCCUGAGUCUGAGCGAGCUGCCGGAGACCUUCCCCUCGGACCCUCCAGAGCCCUUGCCUCACUUCCUGUUUGAACCCGAGGAAGGCUACAUUGUCAAGAAUAAGCCCGUCAAUCUCUACUGCAAAGCAACGCCCGCCACGCAGAUCUACUUCAAGUGCAACAGCGAGUGGGUCCAUCAGAAGGACCACACUGUGGAGGAGAGGGUGGAUGAAAACUCGGGGCUGGUGGUCAGAGAAGCCACUAUAGAAAUAACACGGCUGCAAGUCGAGGAGUACUUUGGUCUCGAAGAUUACUGGUGUCAGUGUGUGGCCUGGAGUUCUGCUGGAACCACCAAAAGUCGCAAGGCAUUUGUCCGCAUUGCAUAUCUGAAGAAGUCAUUUGAACAAGAACCUCUGGGUAAAGAAGUAUCUCUGGAGCAGGAAGUACUGUUGCAGUGUCGUCCUCCGGAGGGCGUACCAGCUGCUGAGGUGGAGUGGUUGAAGAAUGAAGAGAUAAUCGACCCGGCAGAGGACAGAAACUUUUACAUCACCAUCGACCACAACUUGAUCAUCAAGCAGGCGCGUCUGUCCGACACGGCCAACUACACGUGUGUGGCCAAGAACAUCGUCGCCAAAAGAAGAAGCACUACAGCAACUGUCAUUGUUUACGUGAAUGGCGGUUGGUCGACAUGGACAGAGUGGUCAGUGUGUAACAGCCGCUGUGGUCGAGGCUUCCAGAAACGAACCCGGAGCUGCACUAAUCCCGCACCUCUUAACGGAGGAAUGCCCUGUGAUGGACAGGCCAUCCAGAAGCUGUCCUGCACCACACUCUGCACCGUGGACGGAGUGUGGACAGAAUGGAGUAAGUGGUCCGCCUGUGGGACAGAGUGUACCCAGUGGAGACGGAGAGAAUGCAACAACCCCGCUCCUAAAAACGGAGGAAAGGACUGCGAAGGCCUCGUGCUCCAGUCGCAGAAUUGCACCGACGGACUCUGUAUGCAAAGUUCAUUGUUUCAGAAGUCCACUGAGUCCAAAGAAAAGAGUGAUUUGGGAAUCCCAUCUGCUCCAAGUACAGACGACGUGGCGCUUUACGUGGGCAUCGUCAUCGCCGUGAUCAUGUGCCUGGUCAUCUCGGUCAUCGUGGCCCUCUUCGUCUAUCGCAAGACGCAUCGCGACUUUGACUCGGUCAUCAUCGACACGUCUGCGCUCAACGGGGGCUUCCAGUCCGUUAACAUCAAGACAGCCAGAUCAGCUGAUCUACUGACGGUGCCUCCUGACUUGACGAAUGCAGCGGCCAUGUAUCGUGGUCCGGUCUAUGCCCUCCACGAUGUUUCGGAUAAAAUCCCGAUGACCAACUCCCCUCUCUUAGACCCUCUUCCCAACUUGAAGAUUAAAGUCUACAACUCUUCGGGUCUGGUCACGCCACAGGAUGACCUUGGAGGAGACUUCACAUCCAAACUAUCCCCGAAGGUAACUCAGUCUCUGCUGGAUAACAGUGACACCAUGAACUUCCGCAACAUGAGCUUGGCGCGCACGCGAGACCCUUCCUGCACGGCUCACGGAUCCUUCAACAACCAGGGAGGACACCUUAUUGUACCAAACUCAGGUGUUAGUUUGUUGGUGCCAGCGGGUGCAGUUCCUCAUGGUCGGGUGUAUGAGAUGUAUGUGACUGUGCAUAGGAAGGACAGCUUGAGACCCCCAGUAGAGGACAUACAGACUGUGGUGAGCCCAGUGGUGAGUUGUGGACCUCCAGGAGCUCUGCUGACCAGACCAGUGAUCCUCACCAUCCACCACUGUGCUGACAACGUCCAGGAAGAGUGGUUCAUUCAGCUGAAAAACCAACUGGCCAUGGGAGAAUGGGAGGAUGUGGUUGUCGUGGGAGAGGAAAACUUCACCACCCCCUGCUAUGUGCAGAUGGACUCAGAGGCAUGUCACAUCUUAACAGAGACGCUGGGGACUUACUGCCUGGUGGGCCAAUCAAUCAGCAAGGCAGCAGCUAAGAGGCUCAAACUGGCUGUUUUUGGACCUGUCUCCUGCACAACGGUGGACUAUCACAUCAGGGUCUAUUGUCUUGAUGACACACAGGACGCACUCAAGGAGGUUCUUCAAAUGGAGACCCAGAUGGGAGGGAAACUUCUUGACGAGCCAAAGACUCUGAACUUUAAAGACAGCUCACAUAAUCUGAGACUGUCAAUCCACGACGUGCCGCACACGCACUGGAAGAGCAAGCUCAUCGCAAAGUAUCAGGAGAUCCCAUUCUACCAGGUGUGGAGUGGCAGUCAGAGAAGUCUUCACUGCACCUUCACCCUGGAGAGACUGAGCUCAGCCACCACAGAGAUCAGCUGCAAACUGUGUGUGCGGCAAGUGGAAGGAGAAGGGCAGAUCUUUCAGAUCAGCAACACUUUGGAGGAGGUACUGCAACAUCUGUAA